GGAAAACGCGCCAAGUUUCCCGUGGUGGGGAGAGCGGUGCCGGGGCGCCCCGCGGUCUCCAUAGCAACCGGCGGGUGGCGGCAGCGGCGGUCCUGCUCCGUGACAACAUGUAGCGGUGUGAGCGCCGAACGCAGCUUUCCGGCUGGGCUGGCCGCCUCCCCCGCUCCCUUGCCCGUCUGAAAAGAUGCCCGGGGUCUUGCCGAGUGACAGCACCGGGCCUGCCAGAGGGAGCCCCUCGAAAAAGAACAGGCUUUCGUUGAAGCUCUUCCAAAAAAAAGAGGCAAAAAGAGCGCUGGAUUUCACAGAGUCCCAGGAAAAUGAACAAAAGAGUUCAGAAUUCAGAGGCUCUGAGAUUGAUCAGGUUGUUCCUGCAGCACAGCCUCCUGCGCUUAUCAGCUGUGAAAAAAAAGACAACAUGCUGCCUUUUGUGGGCUUGAAUAAUCUGGGCAACACCUGUUACCUUAACAGCAUCCUUCAGGUAUUAUAUUUUUGUCCUGGCUUUAAAACUGGAGUGAAACACUUAUAUAAUAUCAUUUCAAAGAAGAAAGAAUCAUUGAAGGAUGAAGGAGAGCAGAAAGCAGAAAAGGGAAACUGUAAAGAAGAUCCACUGGCAAGUUAUGAGCUAAUCUGCAGUUUGCACUCCUUGAUUCUUUCUGUUGAGCAGCUUCAAGCCAGCUUUCUCUUAAAUCCAGAGAAAUAUACGGAUGAACUUGCGACUCAGCCACGAAGGCUUCUAAAUACCCUUAGAGAGCUCAACCCUAUGUAUGAAGGCUACUUGCAGCAUGAUGCCCAGGAAGUUCUGCAGUGUAUCCUGGGUAACAUUCAAGAAACAUGUCAGCUACUGAAAAAGGAAGAAUUAAACAAACUGCCUGUGGAAGAACCUGCACCUAAACUGGAGGAGAAACUUCAUCAAGGUAGUGAGAGCAAUGGAACUGGCAGCCCUGCUGUGGAAGAGGAGAAUGUACCAAGUAACCACGCUGGAGAGACAACUGAAGACAAGUUGCUUAAGGGAAAUGGGAAAAGAAAGAGUGAUACAGAAGGUGGCAAUGCAAAGAAAAAAUCCAAAGUAUCAAAAGAGCAAAUUGCAGCAGAAGAAAAUCAAAGACAAACCAGGUCAAAGAGGAAAGCAACAGGAGAAAAGCUGGAAAGUCAAACCGAUGCCAUUGCCAAGUGUGCCAGUGAAAGCGAGAGCGCCAAGCCGACGCAGAAGAAGUCUCGACUUAGGUUAAACUGGUUAAAAUCUUCAUGCAAGCAGCCUAGUAUCCUCUCUAAAUUUUAUAGCCUAGGGAAGUUAACUACAAACUUGGGAUCCAAAGACCCAGGGAAAGAAUAUGAUGACUGUGAGCUUGAGGAGUCGUCUGUGAAGUGUGAAAAUGGUCACAAUAGUAAAGAAGAAUAUCAUGAACCAGUGUCUCCUGUGGAAAGCCAUAAUGGAAAAGGAACUGAAAAAGAACCAAAAAAGGAAGGUACAGAGCUGGCUGUUUUUGAGCUAGUGGAAAAACUGUUCCAGGGCCAGUUGGUGCUGAGAACAAGAUGCUUGGAGUGUGAGUGUUUUACUGAGAGGAGAGAAGAUUUUCAGGACAUCAGUGUUCCAGUGCAAGAAGAUGAGCUUUCUAAAACUGAAGAGAGUUCUGAAAUUUCUCCAGAGCCAAAAACAGAAACGAAGACUCUCAAAUGGGCCAUUUCACAGUUUGCAUCAGUGGAAAGGAUUGUGGGAGAGGAUAAAUAUUUCUGUGAGAACUGCCAUCAUUACACAGAAGCAGAACGCAGCCUUUUAUUCGAUAAAAUGCCUGAAGUGAUAACAAUUCACUUGAAGUGCUUUGCUGCUAGUGGCUUAGAGUUUGAUUGCUAUGGUGGACUGUCCAAGAUAAACACUCCCUUACUGACACCCCUCAAACUGUCACUAGGAGAGUGGAGCACAAAGCCAACCAACGACACCUACGGCUUGUUCGCAGUGGUCAUGCACAGUGGCAUUACAAUUAGCAGUGGACACUACACAGCUUCUGUCAAAAUUACAGAUCUCAACAGCCUAGAGUUAGACAAGGGAAACUUCAUCACCGACCAAAUGUACGAUGUGAUUAAACCAGAACCCCUGAAUGAGGAGGAGGCAAGAACUGUGGCUGAAGACUACGACGAUGGUGAAGUCUCCUUUCGCGUAAAUGGAAACACGCAGCCGGGUAAAGUUCUGAACAAAAAGAACAUGGAAGCUGUUGGACUCCUUGGGGGGCAAAAGAGCAAGCCUGACUGUGACCUCUAUAACAAACCAGCUAACCCUGAGAAGUUCCUGAAUGUAGUUCCCGAAAGCAGGAAUCCUGAGUCUAGCAGUAGUAAUGGGAGUGCAGGCAGCAGCACAGAACACGGCCAGCAAAACGGCGUUGCUUCCAGUGGACUCGAAAACAAAGCUCUAUAUGUGCUGCAGAGCCUGAAAGAGUAUGAAGGGAAGUGGCUGCUCUUUGAUGAUUCUGAAGUGAAGGUUACAGAAGAAAAGGACUUUCUGAAUUCUCUUUCUCCGACAUCGUCAUCUACAUCAACUCCUUACCUACUGUUUUAUAAGAAAAUUGUAGAGUGAGACUAUACUUGGAACUGUAAAUAUUCAGGAUUUGCAUACACCUCUUGGUCUGAUUUGCAUCAAAACUACCUGGAAGAAAUGGCUGUUUUGUUUUUGAAGCUACUGGAUCACAAUGUUCCUGGUCUUUCUUUUUUUGGUUGGUUGGUUGGUGUAAGUGGCUCAACUUGAAUUAACAAAGCCUGACAUAGAACUUAACUCGCAUAAUAACUUCUAUGCUGCAGAAAUAGUGCUAUGACCUUUUAGAAAUGCCCAUUUGUAUAGAUCCUAAGUGAUGCCUACAGUACACAGUAGUGGUUUUAACACAACUCUAGGUCUCAAACAUGCCUCUCCUGUAUUAUUAGCUCUUUUUUUUUUUCUUUUUUAAAUAAAAGUUAUUUGUAUUCAUAUCCCAGAGUAAAUGUAUAUUAACUAGCAGAGUUCAUCAGAUGUUGUGUAUUUUUGUAACUUGGGAAGUUACUACUUCAUAUUUAGUCUUUGGGUAAGUGACGUGGUUUAUUCUCCUUCUCCACUUCUAUUCUGCUUGGUGCAACUCAAAGCACAAGUUAAAAAAAGAAAAAAAAAUAAAGGGUCUUGUAACCUUGUUUAGUGUGUUGGAAGGAACUGAACUUAAUAGAAAUGUUUGUUCUAAUUUGCAUCUUGCUGCAUAGGUGUUCAAUGAGCAAAGUGUAAAUAGGUGUGAUUAAUACUUGGAAAGGGGGGAGUGUGUAGUGUAAUUAAAAUAAUUUUGUACUUUUAAAGAGUAAAGCCCUCUAAUAUGCAUAUCUGUUUGGGUGAGUUUGGAACUUAGUGAUGACUUAACAGCUAAUUUGUACUCAGAGCUCACUGAAGUGUGGGAAAACAAAGGCACUUGGCUUUGAUGCUUUGUUACAAAUGUAUAUAUGAAAUAAAAAACAACCAAUAUGAUAUG